AAUUAAACGGUCCAGAACUCCAGAUCAUACCCAAAGACACUUAGAAAUUCCUAGGUAGCAGAGGAACCGGGUUCUAGCUGCUGUUGGUUUCUUUUUUUUUGUUUGGUCUCUCACUUUCCCUCUCCUUUCCUACUUCGGAAGAAGACCCAUACACAUACAUCAUCUCUCUCUCUCUAAACUCCCAAAAUCAAAACCCCUGGCUCAGAAAUACAAUAAUCAACACCAUGAACGCACCCAUAAUCGAUCCACUGCAAGGAGAUUUUCCGGAGGUAAUAGAAGAGUAUUUGGAACAUGGGGUCAUGAAGUGCAUUGCUUUCAAUCGCCGUGGCACCCUUCUUGCUGCUGGUUGCUCUGAUGGAAACUGUGUUAUCUGGGAUUUCGAAACUAGGGGCAUUGCUAAAGAGCUCCGUGACAAAGAGUGUAAUGCUGCCAUAACAAGUGUCUGUUGGUCCAAGUACGGUCACCGUAUUCUUGUUUCUGCUGCUGACAAGUCGUUGACGCUUUGGGAUGUUGUUAGUGGUGAAAGGAUUACACGUACAACUUUGCAGCAAACCCCUUUACAAGCUCGUCUACAUCCUGGUUCCUCUACUCCAUCUCUCUGCCUGGCAUGCCCCCUCUCAUCUGCUCCCAUGAUAGUUGACUUGACCACUGGAAGCACAACUGUGCUGCCGGUUUCAGUCCCUGACGCGGGCAACGGACUUGUCCCUGCAUCACGCAACAAAUUCUCAGAUGGAACUCCUCCAUUCACUCCAACUGCUGCUUGCUUUAACAAGUAUGGGGACCUUGUUUAUGUAGGGAACUCCAAAGGGGAAAUUUUGAUAAUAGAUUACAAAACCAUUCAAGUGCAUGCCAUGGUUCCUGUUACUGGGGGUGCUGUGAUCAAGAACAUAGUAUUCAGCAGAAAUGGGCAGUAUCUGCUUACAAAUUCAAAUGAUCGGACGCUUAGGAUCUAUGAAAACCUUUUGCCCUUGAAAGAUGGGCGUAGAGCUCUUGAUGACUUAGAGGAGACCCAUAAAGAGCUACAUGGUGUUGAGAAGUUGAAGGCGGUUGGAUCAAAGUGCUUAACACUUUUCCGGGACUUUCAAGAUUCUGUCACAAAGGUGCACUGGAAAGCACCUUGCUUUAGUGGUGAUGGUGAGUGGGUAGUUGGUGGUUGUGCAAGCAAAGGAGAGCACAAGAUUUAUAUAUGGGAUAGGGCUGGGCAUCUUGUGAAAAUCCUUGAAGGUCCAAAGGAAGCCUUGAUUGACUUAGCAUGGCAUCCUGUUCACCCCAUUGUUGUCUCUGUUUCCCUGACUGGCUUGGUUUAUAUUUGGGCUAAAGAUUAUACUGAGAACUGGAGUGCAUUUGCUCCUGAUUUCAAAGAGCUAGAGGAAAAUGAGGAGUAUGUAGAACGUGAAGAUGAAUUUGAUCUGGUGCCUGAAACUGAAAAGGUAAAAGAAUCAGAUGUUAAUGAAGAUGAUGAAGUUGAUAUAGUGACAUUGGAGAAGGAUUCGGCUUUCAGUGAUUCAGAUAUGUCCCAAGACGAAUUGUGCUUCUUGCCGGCCAUUCCUUCUCCUGAUGUUCCUGAGCAGCAAGACAAGGGCGUAGAAAGCUCGUCAAAGUUGGUGGACAGUAAUCAUUCUGGAUCUCCUCUUUCAGAAGAGGCUGGACCAAAUGGACGUGCAACAAACCAUGCAUCUAGCCCUCUUGAAGAUAAUUCUAUUGCAGAUGAUGCAGGAGGAUCACGCAUGAAAAGGAAGCGGAAGCCUUCAGAGAAAAUUUUGGAAUUGCAGGCAGAGAAGGUCAAGAAACCCUUGAAGCCUUCUGGUAGAUUGUCAAAAGUUAAAAAUAAAUCUGUGGCUGAUCUGGAUAACGGUAAUGGUUUUCUUGGGGAUGAUGUUUCUGAUUAGCACAAUUAGAUAUUGAAUCUUAUAUAUUUUUCCAUCUGUAUUUCUGUAAUCUCUUUUUCCUGUGGACAACUUAGAGGCUUAGGUUUUUUUGCCCCUUCUUUUUUUAAAUUUGUGGUUGGCCUGUUGAAAUAUGUAUAUUUUCUUUGGAUACUACUUAGUUUUGGUAGCAUGAUUUAGCAAUGUUAAAGGUAGGUGUUACAGAGAUUCUCCACA